UCGAUGACGUCACGCCAUGGCCGCCCCGCUCUGCCGCCGCCAGUAGGGGCCUGUCGCGCGCGCAGCCGCUUCCCGGAACCGCUUUUCCCGCUCCCCCCUCCCCGCCCGGCCAGAAAAUAGCAGGCCCACAUGGAUGUUUCUGAAAGUCCAGAGCAAAACCCCCGUUCUCCCAAUGAGAAGGAGGAGGAGGAGGAGGAGGAAGACCAGCAGCUAUCCGACAACGAAAUCCUGAAAGAGAGUGGCUCAGACGCGGAACAGGAUGGAGAGGAAGGGCAGGAGGCCCUUUUGGGAGAAGAGGAAGAAGAUGCGGCCAGAGAGCUGAGCCAGGAAGAAGACGAGGAGGAAAACCACUCUGAGGAAGAGGACCGCUUAAGUGAAGCCAAGUCUCCAGAAUCCGACAAUAACGAACGAGCCAGGGGGCUGAAGGGCUCUUUGAGCAUCAAGGAGGGGGAAGAGAGGGCAAACGACCUUGGGGACGAAGCCUCCUCCGUGACUCGGGAGCUGGACGAGCAUGAAUUGGACUACGACGAGGAGGUUCCAGAAGAGCCGAGCACCGUUGCUGCCGACGACGAGGCUGACAAGGCUGGGGGAGAGGAGGAAGAAGAGGAGGAGGAGAAGGGAGAUGAAGCCCCCGAGGAAGAGAAGAAAUCUGGCACCAAGAGUGACGAUGAAAAGGAUGGACAGGAGCCCCUCAAGGAGAAGAAGAAAGAGGAAGAUGACGGAGAAAUUGAUGAUGGCGAGAUUGACGAUGAUGAUCUCGAGGAAGGAGAGGUGAAAGACCCCAGUGACAGGAAAGUAAGGCCACGUUCCACCUGCCGGUUCUUCGUGAAAGGUCACUGUACUUGGGGCAUGAACUGCAGAUUUAUUCAUCCUGGCGUGAAUGACAAAGGGAACUACUCCUUGAUCUCUAAGCCAGACUCUUUCUCACCUAACGGCGCCCCACCUAUCGGCCCCGGCCCUCACCCACUGAUGCCAGCCAAUCCUUGGGGAGGGCCUGCUGUUGAUGAAAUAUUGCCGCCGCCACCGCCAGACCCUCCUACGGAAAGUGCCUGGGAAAGGGGACUUCGCCAUGCUAAAGAGGUUUUGAAAAAGGCCACAAUGAGGAAAGAGCAGGAGCCAGACUUUGAGGAGAAACGGCUUACCGUUACCAUCGGGGAGGACGAGCGCGAGUUCGACAAAGAGAAUGAAUUUUUCCGAGACUGGAAUUACCGGAUCACACGAGAUGUCCGGGACUCGACUGAGGCGGACAUCAAAGAGAAUGCUAACUAUGGACUUGAUCCUUAUUCGGAUCCCUAUUACGACUGUGAAAUAGAACGUUUUUGGCGAGGUGGGCAGUACGAGAACUUCCGGGUGCAGUACACGGAUCCAGAUCCAUACCGGAACUACAGGCUGAGUAAGGAAAGAGAAAGAGAGCGGGAGCGGGAGAACAGGCAGCGCGAGCGAGAACGCGAGCGAGAGAGGGAGCGGGAACGGGAACGCCGGCAGCGGGAGCGCGAGCGCGAAAGGGAACGAGAGCGCGAUAAGGAACGCCAGCGAAGGAAAGAGGAAUGGGAGAGAGAGAGGGAACGCAUCAAGAGGGACGAGAAGGACCGGCAGCACCGGGACCGCGACCGAGAAAGGGACCGAGAGAAGGAGAAAGAGAAACCAAAACCGCGAUCGCCACAGCCAGCAAGCCGCCAGCCCGAGCCACCAAAGAAGGAGAAGGAGACGACCACAACUACCCCUUCUCAGUCCAAGAGAGCAGAUGAGUGGAAGGACCCUUGGCGCCGAUCCAAAUCUCCCAAGAAGAAGCAUGGGAUGUCUGCUUCGCCCAGCCGCGCACGCCGGCGCAGGAAAACCUCUGCUUCAUCAGCAUCCGGCUCUGGUUCUUCAAGGUCCUCCUCACGCUCCUCCUCUUAUUCUGGCUCCGGUUCUUCACGGUCCCGAUCCAGGUCGUCCUCUUACAGCUCCUACUCCAGUCGUUCUUCCAGGCACAGCUCCUUCUCAGGCAGUCGAUCCAGGUCGCGAUCCUUCUCCUCUUCCCCCUCCCCCUCUCCGACGCCAUCUCCGCAUAAGCCUCCUGCCAAAGCGAAAGGGGAGCCUGCGCCACCGCCUGGAAAGAGUGACAAACCUGUGAAAAAAGUAGCAGCCCCUCCAGCGCCCCCACCUGUUGUUAAAACUGCACCAGCUGCACCUGAACCAACCAAGGCAGGAGGGGAUGCCCGGGAAGCAAGACGGAAGGAACGUCAGACAAGGACACCCCCCAGGAGGCGAGCUGUCAGCUUGAGUGGCAGUGGCAGCAGCUACAGUGGCUCCAGCUCCCGCUCGAGGUCUUUGUCUCGAUCUCUCUCCCGAUCCCAUUCCCGGUCCUCUUCAGCCUCUGUUUCCGCAUCCCCAUCUGGCUCCAGAAAAUCCAGGUCCCUAAGUGUGAGUAGUGUCUCGUCUGUCUCUAGUGCCUCUUCCAGCAGCAGCUCAGUGCGAAGCGCUGACUCGGAAGACAUGUACGCAGACCUGACCAGCCCAGUGUCUUCAGCCAGUUCCCGAUCCCCAACCCCAGCGCAGCAGAAGAAAGAAAGAGCAGGCAAGUCCAAAAAAGAAGGCAGCAGCGUCAAGGAGGAGAAGCGGAAACGGGAAGCGCCUGCGCAGCCGCCCAAGCCAGCAAAGCCCGUGCAAGGGAGCAAAUCCCAGCAGCCGCCCCAACCUCAACAGCCCCCGCCGCCUCAGCUGCAGCCAGCGGGCUUCAGUGCCCACAAAGAAAUCAAGCUCACCCUCCUGAACAAGGCAGCUGACAAAGGAAGCGGCAGGAAGAGAUACGAGCCCUCUGACAAAGACAGGCAGGCCUCUCCCCCAGCCAAGCGGAUCAACCUGUCUCCAGACAGAGGUCCUCGCGAUAGGAAAUCCGGGGGAAGGCUCUCCUCACCUAAACAGGACCGUCAGCGGGGCCCAAAUCCCAAGCCCUCCCCCGCUCAGGCUGACAAGAAGCGUCCGCCAUCUCCCCAGUCCAAGAGCUCCAGCAAAGUCACAAGCAUCCCGGGCAAGGGGGCUGAGGCUGCCCCCCCAGCUGCUACUGCAAAAUCGGGCAAGUCCAGCACAUUAUCCCGGCGGGAGGAACUUCUGAAGCAGCUGAAGGCCGUGGAAGAUGCCAUUGCCCGCAAGCGGGCCAAGAUCCCCGGGAAAGCAUAGGCUGCUGCAGCCUACCCUGGAUUAGAGACUGCUCUCUGUUUUUAUAAAUAGUGUACAAGCAGCCACUUCGGAUUCUGCAGUUCUGUUUUGUUUUUUUGUUUUUUUGGCUGUGAUCCUUUUUAAAAAUUGAAAAGUGGGGGAAAAAAGAAGUUUGUCAGCUACAAAUCCCACCACCUUCUGGAUCUGAGGCGGCUCCCUCAGUCUUCCUUCCCACCCAGGCAUUGCGGGCACCUUGGCAGAGGCAGCCAGCCCCCUUGAUGUUUUCCAUGGGCGUCCAGCACAGCAGACUCCAAACAGCAGCCCUGCCGGGUGCCCCUCUCCCGCCCUGCCUUGCCUUCCUCUCCGCUAGCUCUGAGCCGUAUUCCUUAGUUAGCUCUGGUGUGUGUGGGGUGUCUUCAGCAAUGCAGUUCUACAUAACUGUGUAAGGAGAGAGCCUAAAGCCACCGUCGCCUGCUGGAAGCGUGCCCCCUCCCCAAGUUGUCUCUCUGCCUACCCCCUCCACCUCGUCCCUACCAGGAACUAAAUCAAUUACGUAGAGAUCCUGCAAUGGAAGUCUGGUUGGAAGGUCCCAUGUGUCUUUUAUUUUAAGCAAAAGAUUGUUUUAGUUGAUUUAAAAGAAAAGGCAAAGGUAUUGUUGGGAUGUGUGUCUAAUAAGGAGGGCCAUUUUUUUGAGGGGUUACACUGAAAAUAAAGUAUUUUGAUAAACA